AUGCUGCUCGCCCCAGCGAGUGAAGAGAUCGGCUUUGAUGAUGAGAUGGAAUCAGACUUUGGGAUUGAACUUUUAGAUGAUUGUACAUUGACCGCCUCGCAUGAUACAAUCUUGAACUGUCCAGUUUCGCCUGACAAUCCAAAUAUCCCUGGCCAUCAAAAGCUGUAUGUUUCAACAUCUUUGUGCAUUUCCACUGCUAACCUAUCAUUUAAGCACUAUAUUACCGCAUUACUAUUUAGUUCUCCAAGGCUGCCAUUCUCUGAGGCGCAGAAAAGGCGGUUCUAUCUUGGGGCAAAGGAACUUGGUGCCCAUGAUGUUCCCUCGCUAUACGCAUUGAAUCGGCUCCAGGGAAUCUGUUCAAAACGCUUGUCGGCAAUCCAACGGAAAGAUAACUGCACGUCGGGCAAUAUAUUUUAUCUCAAUGAUGUUGGAAAAGCCAUCGCCAAGGAUUACCCUGAAGAUGGCGGCAAGGGAAUGUCGCAGGUGUUCAAUGGAGAGAAAAUGCUGUUUGAACUCCCUUCGCCCCCUGCAGCAAAAGUUGAUGGAGAGAUUUACUUCGUGAAUGAGCUCUUGCAGGAUGCGUCGGGAGACUACUUUAUACCUGAGCGCUUCUUUUUGCAUUGUACUCGUCGACGAAUGAUGGUGCGGACAAGCAGCUACAUGCACUUGGCCGCGCUGUACAACAAACAGAGUGACGAGCAGGAGAUGAUUCCAACAUCUAACUUUCAAAGGUCUUUCAGGGAAAUAUCUGCCAAUGACAACGAACUCGCUUGUGGGCUGAUGGAGUCAUCACACAAGUAUGCGAAACUCAUGCCGAAUCCUUUGCGCAUGAAAUCCCAAGGACAUAUGGUGUAUUCGGUCCCUCUCAUAAUCUUCAUGGACAACGUAUCCGGCAAUAUAUCCAAGCAAUGGAACAAGCACCAUGCAGUGUACAUGUGA